UUAUUGGACAGAACUCGCACACAAAAAACAAAAGCAUCUGAUUGCUGAAUCCUUGCUCAUCGGAGAUAUAUUGCACAGCAAAACAUCUUCUCCAGCUCGUCGCGGCGUGGCUAGAGGUCGCUGUUUGUCUUAAUUGUUUCCAAAAAGUGUUGAUUAAGACUGCUUUGGCGCGGUUUGUUAUUUAGAAGAGCGCAUUCUCCUUUCCGCUGGGAAUCUGCUCGAUGUUGGUUAUGAUGAAUUUCAGUAAAAACACCCAUCGUGGCAGUCCCGCUCACAAGGAAAACAUUCCAUCUUCAACCAAAGCAGAAUCCUUUCAGUACCCGAGGACCAUACAGCGCACAGUUCUCGGAUCCUUGUCAGAAAAUGAGCAGCGUGGACGAUCCCUAAGCCAGGGAAGCCAGUUUUCCAAGCACAGUUCUGUUUCAGACAGCUCGCAGCUCAACUUUCUUGGCUGCCCAUCCAGCUCCAGCUAUGAUGUGUAUGUUGAGGAGGCUUGUGAAGUUGUUCUCGCCGCUUCGGGUCAAGAAGUCAUUUCAGAUGGUUAUGACCUUGAUGUUGAUGUCAAUCCCCUGCAGAAUGAACAUGUCAGGCUCCUGAUGGAGUUUAGUUCAAAUUCAUGCCAGGAUGCCUCCAUGCUGUCCGAACCAGAUGAAUCCCUGAUAUCUGGAGAGACUUUCUGUUUUGAUUAUGCAGAAGAUAUUUACAAGAACUUAAGGGAGAGUGAAAAGCAGUUCAGGCCAAAGCCAAGCUACUUGGAGAGACAUCCGGAGAUCACCAAUGGUAUGCGGGUCAUUCUGGUGGAUUGGCUGGUGGAAGUUGUCCAGGAAUACAAGCUCGGUUCUGAAACGCUGCACCUUGCUGUAAACUACCUGGACCGUUUUCUGUCCUACACAACAUUUAUAAAGAGGAGCAAGCUGCAAUUGGUGGGAACAGCUGCAUUACUGAUUGCCGCAAAAUAUGAAGAGAUCUUUCCUCCUGAACUGAACGAGUUUGUGUACAUCACAGACUGCACCUACGCUAAGAAACAGCUGCUGCGGAUGGAGAGCAUUAUGCUAAAGGUGCUGGACUUCAAGAUGGCAGCACCCACCACCAAUCAGUUCCUUCGCCUAUUCAUGUUCAUCCACUCUGUCUGUUCAACAACAGAGAACCUUGCCAUGUACAUAGCAGAGUUAAGUCUACUAGAAAUAGAUCCCUUCCUUCAAUACACCCCAUCCAUACUGGCAGCUGGAACCUACUGCUUAGCUACCUACACUAUACAUAAAUCUUACUGGCCUGACUCUUUAAUUACCUUUACUGGGUACACGAUGGAGGAAAUUAUGCCCUGUCUGACUUCUCUCCACAAGCUGUAUAUCAGUGCAGAGACUCGACCACAACAAGCUGUCAGAGACAAAUACAAAACAUCAAAGUAUUGUCGUGUUUCAGGGAUCUCUCCCCCCACUGCUCUGCCUCUCCUGUGACUCCACUACUUCACUUUCCUGAUCUUCCCAGCAGAGCACAGUUACAGCUCACUGAAAACAAAGCAGAGCACAUUAAUUUUCACCAUACACAUGUGGACUCCUUUACUUUUCUUAAUCCAAUGUAGUUAUAUAUACACAAUUAAAGGAGUUCAGUUAAUGUUUGAAACUCCUUGUCGGCGCAGGUGGAUGUACUUUCAGUGUAAUAUAAAUUAUUUGGUAACACUUUAUUUGACGGAUUGUGAAAUAAACAUGACGGUGUCAUGUUUAUGACACCGU